AUGGCUGACGAUACAAGUGCAGUCCUCGCAAGACGAAAGUCGCCUGGUCGACCAGCCUUCAAGUACGGACGCAAGUCCAUGCCAAAGCAGUUCAAGAACAAGAUCGUAGACUACAAACACCGGCUGGAAGCGAUAAUCAAAGUGUCUGAGAUUGGCAAUGGCCAACAGCGCGUGUACGAGCUGGCAGAAGAGGAAGAAUCUGGAGACGUCGGGGUUUUGGAUGACUCUACACUGGGUGAGUUGUUCACGAUCAUGGCCAUUGAGGAUACCAUUCAUCCUGAUCAAGAUAUUGACUGCUUUGAUGAGGCUGACUCGUCCGAGCCGAAUUAA